AGAAUUUUGACGCCCCGCGGACCAUAACACACCCUCCUUGCGCGGCAGCCGGUAGCGUUGAUAUCCGGUAGCCGUUCUACCUUUUCCAGUGAACCGCAACAACCGCCCCCGGAUCUAAUCCUGCAGCUCACCGAGCAGUUGGAGCUACCAUGGCUGCUCACCUACCAGUGCUACCACUCCUCCCCGUCCUCUUCUUCGUCUUCCUCGCCGUCCAUGUUCUCGCCUCCCAUGGCGAUCCUGCUCCGCCGCCCCUGGCCACCUACGACGCUUCCAUGUGCUCGGAAUCGUCCAGGUGUGGCGACGUAUCCAUCAAUUACCCCUUCUUCCUCUCCAACACAAUCAGAUACAUCGCCGAUCGCAAUUACGACGCACCCUACGCCUGCGGCUACACCGAUCUGGAGAUCUCCUGCGAGGGCGAGGGGCCGACCGGGGCGCCCGUCCUCCGCCUCGACAGCGAGAGCUACGCCGUUCUCAACAUCUCCUACGAUAAGAAAACCAUUGUUCUGGCGGACAGCGACGUGCUCCGCCCUGGCCGCAGGUGCCCCGCGGUCAGACACCGCGUCAGCUUCAGCGAGGUGUCGCUGCGCUACAGCACCAGCUCCAACGGCAACCUCACCUUCUUCUUCGGCUGCGAUGCCGUGCCGCCUGGAUUGGACGCGUACCGAAUCGACUGCAACUGGUUGAAGAGUCCGUUCGGGGAUGGACCUUCCUUCGUGCUGACACCUGAUGAUCAUGGUAAAGCACGAGAGCAGGAGUUGGCCGCGCACUGCAAGAACAACCUCUCCGUGCCGGUGAGGAGCGAUGUUCUGAUGGUGAUGGCAAGGAACAGGACCAACUUCAGAAGCGGCGGAUACGGGGACGUGCUUAAGCAGGGGUUCGAGCUGGUCUGGCUUCCGACGGAGGAGUGUCGCCCGUGCGAGCAGUCCGGCGGGAAGUGCUCCUACAACCAGUACAGGCAAUUCCUGGGCUGCUUGUGCCCCCAUUCCAACAGCAAGGUGGGGCACCCGAGCUGUAGACCAAAUGUUGUUGCAAGCACGUCGUCCCUUCUAUUUCUGUGUCUCGCGUUCUUCUUGACUCGCAAAUAUGGUUUCCUGCCCUUCAAAUCGAAGAACAAACCAAGGAUUGAGUCCUUCUUACAAAAGAAUGGGAACCUACAUCCGAAAAGAUACAGUUAUGCAGAUGUGAAAAGAAUGACGAAGUCUUUUGCUGUGAAGUUAGGCCAAGGUGGAUUUGGUGCUGUAUACAAAGGUAACCUCUCUAAUGGCAGCCAGGUAGCAGUUAAGAUGCUAAAGGACACCAAGGGUGAUGGGGAGGAAUUUAUGAAUGAGGUGGCUAGCAUUAGCAGAACUUCUCAUGUCAAUGUUGUCACACUUUUAGGAUUUUGUUUGGAAAGAUCCAAAAGGGCUCUCAUUUACGAGUACAUGCCUAACGGUUCACUUGAAAGGUAUGCCUUCAACAGCAGUAUGAACAGUGAACAUACACAAAGCUGGGAGAAAUUAUUUGACAUAGCAAUUGGCAUUGCAAGAGGACUUGAGUAUCUUCACCGAGGAUGCAAUACUCGCAUCGUACAUUUUGAUAUCAAACCCCACAAUAUUCUAUUAGAUCAGGAUUUCUGCCCUAAGAUAUCUGAUUUUGGAUUAGCUAAGCUAUGCCUGAAUAAAGAGAGUGCUAUCUCCAUUGGUGGUGCAAGAGGAACAAUAGGAUACAUUGCCCCUGAGGUGUACUCAAAGCAAUUUGGAAUAGUAAGUAGCAAGUCUGAUGCCUACAGUUAUGGAAUGAUGGUGCUUGAGAUGGUUGGUGCAAGGGACAAGAAUAUCAGUGCACAAAGUGAAUCUAGGUCUAGGAGCCAGUAUUUCCCUCAGUGGCUUUAUGAGAAUUUGGAUGACUAUUGUAUCAGUGCUUCUGAGAUUAAUGGUGACAUCGUAGAGCUCGUGAGAAAGAUGAUAGUAGUAGGUCUGUGGUGUAUACAAGUGAUUCCAACUGAUCGCCCAACAAUGACUAGAGUUGUCGAGAUGCUGGAAGGCAGCAUCAAUAAUCUGGAACUGCCGCCAAAAGUGUUCUUGAGUUGAUACGCAUGGAUAUCUUCCCAAUAAAAUGGUGCGCACUGAUGCCAGUUUGCUAAAGUGCAAUUUUUUUUAUCAAAUGUUUCUUUUGGUCUGUAAAUAGAGAUGGAACUAGUAUAUUAAUUGCUGACCAUGGACGCUCAUAUAUACAGCAUGGUGUGAUGGUAUUAUUCGAUCA